GCCUGCGUGGAUAUUUUUUUUUUUGACAGUGCUGUUGAGUUUAUAUUUCUGGACUUGCAAUGGUGAAGUUUCGUGCUUCUUGUUCACAAGAUAAUCCACCGCUAUCAAGUUAGAAGGGGCCGUUCUCUAUUUGGUAAUAUUCACUGACUAGCUAGUAAACCAACUAUCUUCGUUACAAGCAGUCUGUGUAUCUACUUGUAAAUUACGUGCUAUCUAUACGUAGGUUAGACUGCAAAGUAGUAUUUGUAUAUCAAGGGUGACGUAAUCGCCAAGUACUUUCUGCAAGAUUAGUGACGUUUACAGGCUCGCUUUCUAUCUUUGCAAUUCAUAACAUGUUAUGCUGGCAUUAGAGAUUUUCUUUCAACAGAGGAAUAGGGUUAUUUGCGUUUCUAUUAGCUAACGUAUACCAAUUCAUUAUAGACGGAUAUAGAAAUGCAGUGAACACAGGUUACGAGCUUGAUUAAGUAGCCAUGAGUUUACAGGUAGGAUGCUUAUCGUUCAGACAGCCGUACGCCGGCUUGGUUUUGAACGGCCUCAAAACUAUUGAGACGCGUUGGCGGCCUCUGCUGUCAGAAUUUGAGAACUGCACCCUUGCCGUGCACAUUGCGCAGAAGGACUGGGAGGGAAGCGAAUGGAGAGAGGUGCUCACGUGCCGGCAGGGAAUGACUUGUACCCAAAUAGAUGAUCUGCUGGAUUCCGGCGAGAGGUUCGGCCGAGGAGUUGUGGCAGGCCUGGUGGAGGUGGGAGAGACCUGGGUCUAUCCUGACAGCCUUCCCAGGGAGGAGAUGCUGGCACUGGAGGCGGCAGCUCUGCUGACUGGGCUGGAGGAGAAGCACCUGACCCGGCUGUCCUUCCCACGCUGGCUGAAGGAGCCCAUGUAUGCCCGUGGGCACAAGGACAUCUGGACCAUAGACAUCCCCCUGGCGCUACUGCCUGCUCUUCCACCCGCACCCCACAGGACCGUCUGUGCCUAACGGGCGCUGUCUGUCUGUGAACAACCCUUGAACAGGGCGUUAGUCCAUCGCAGGGUGAACACACACGCACACACACACACACACUCUCGCACCUACAUCCAUUUUAGUGUCUCCAGUUCCCCUGCAACCUGCAUGUCUUUGGACUGUAGGAGAAAACUGGAGUGCCCAGAGGAAACGCACAAACCCAUACAGGCGAACAUGCAGACUUUUAACAGAGAGGAUCUGGGCUGGCUGGGACUUGAACACAGAACAUCGUUCUUGAUAUCUGAGCGGAAAUUCAGCCAAGUACUCUAGUUUCCCAUCAGCUUUAGGUCAUGCUCAGCCAUGUGUUUUCCUGUAUUAACCCUCCCUUGGGCAAUUUGUUCUUUAUCUUUCAAUGUGUAAGGCUUUCUAAUGGGAACACUGAUUUCUAUAGAAAUUUCUUGAUGUAUGUGGAAUGCAGUCUGUUAAGUGUUCUGGGACAAUUGAUCAAAUUGAGAUGUUAUCAGUAAAAAUGAUACUGAAAAAUAAAUGAGGCUUUAGGUCA